UAGUGAGUCUAUACAUUUUCAUACUCCAGUGAAUCUCUCCAGGAUUUCACAUGGAUUUUUUUCAUAUUUGCGGAUAAAUAUGCUAGAUUUUGCAGCGACAAUUAUGACAUUUUGCAUUGCAAUAUGCAAUUGUUUUGUCCAAUUUGUUGCAAAAAUGCACUGACAAGGGAAAAAACUGUGUUGAUGUGUCGCUUGAUUGAACCAUAUUAUGCAGUAAAUGUGCGGUGAUUGGUUGAAAUUGCGAGCCCUCUUUUUGUACUGUGGUAAUGGGUCAGUUCUAUGCGAUAAUAUUGUGAUGUGACUAUUUUAUGCAGAAAUAGUUUGGUGAUUGGUCACAUUUGUAAGCCCUCACAUAAUAUGCAGGGAAUUGUUCAUUUUGCAACCAAAACAAUGCGGUGGCAGAGUCCUGGAGUAACCUCCCAGUAAUCCAUGUGACUGCGUGUAGGUUAAGAUUAGGUUGUAACAGAGUAUCAGAGCAAGACGUUCCUAUCUGUCAGCCAGUAAUUGUUCUGUAUGGUGACAUGAGCAGAGUGGCCUGACUUCUCCCACUUAUUACAGAUGUCCGACUUAGAUAUGUUGAGCAUCCUGCUAUGAUGUCCAUCACCAAGCCGGAACACUCCGAUGCCAACCCUCAGUUCCAGACUGGCACCCGGCCGGUGGCUGAGCCCGAGACCCCUGCUGUUCACAAUAACAGUGGAGGCUGGCUCAGCUGGGUCUUUGGGAGUGGAAGAGCUAAUAAGAAGGAAGUUCAUCUACCUGAGGACAAAGACAGAUCUAUUGUCUGGGAUCCAACUCUGCACAGAUGGGUUAACAAAACUGAGCCCAAGGCUGAAAACAAGUGUGUACCACCACCUCCACCGAUGGGGACACAUGGAUAUCAGGGGAACACUGGCAGUGUCCCCAAAGGAGUGAAUCCCUACUCUAUGAAAGCAGCAGGUCUAUGGGGCAGCAGAUACCCCACAAUGCAUUACAAUGAUGGGACCAACUCAAAGCCUCCAAGCCAUGGGGCUGGACUGCUUCCUAGACAGCUCUCUGGCUUGCUCCCUCCUUCACACUUUGACCUCAUGGCACCAAUGGUUGUGCCACCUGACACUCUACACUACUGAGGCCCAAGACAUAAAGUCGCCUGAAAGCUGUGUAGCAAUAAUUCCAGCUUCUGACCAAGAAUCAUGGAUACCUUUCAUGUGAGUACUCACACACCAGAUUUUUUUUACAUACCUCAGAAGGAAGAUACCUCAAUAUCUGGAAGCACUGUCUCAUGUACAACUGUUAAUGCUAUCUCUGAAAUGUCUAACAAAAUGUUGACUUGAUCGUUUCAUCAAGACCUUCUCAUCACAAGUUGGAACUAGUGGUCAACAUUGGGACAAUGCAGCCCAAAAUAACAGGGACCAACAUUUUCAUGGAGGUAAGCACUACACUUCUGAUGGGUUUAAAGAUUGUAUUACAUUAUCUAAAAGUGAGAAAGUAAACCCCAGCUGUUUUUAUUCUUUUCACAGGGAAGAACAAUCCCCAUUAUGCCAUGAAUGUUUCAUUGCUGAACAACCAUAGAUAUUUUUCCUCUAAUUUGGCUCCCGUUCCUCCCAACAGUGAGCAAGACCUGUCAGCAGAGCUCACUGGAGCAGGGAGACAUGCCGUCACCCUU